AUGGAGUUUGGCGGUGGUGGUCGCGGCGGCGGCGGCGGCGGCCACGACACGUCCGAUCCUCACCGGAGCAAAAAGCGGUACCACCGCCACACGGCCCAUCAAAUCCAGAGGCUUGAAGGGUUGUUCAGAGAAUGUCCACACCCAGAUGAGAAGACAAGGAAUCUUUUGAGCAGGGAGUUGGGUUUGCAUCCUCGUCAGAUCAAAUUUUGGUUCCAAAAUCGAAGGACUCAGAUGAAGGCACAGCAUGAGAGAGCAGACAACUGUGCACUGAGGGCAGAGAAUGACAAAAUCAGAUGUGAAAACAUAGCUAUUAGAGAAGCUCUCAAGAAUGUGAUUUGCCCUUCUUGUGGUGGGCCCCCACUUUCUGAAGAUCCUUACUUUGAUGAGCAAAAAUUGCGCAUGGAAAAUGCCCACUUGAAAGAUGAGUUGGAUAGAGUUUCUAGUGUUGCUGCAAAAUACAUAGGCAGGCCAAUCUCCCAGCUGCCACCUGUCCAACCCAUCCACGUGUCGUCCUUGGAUUUGUCCAUGGCUGGCUACACCUAUGGACACGGCCUCGACCUCUUUCCCGGUAACUCGAUGAGCGUAGUACCGAAUUUGCCCUUCCCACCGACGACUAUUUCCGAAGUCGACAAAUCCCUCAUGGCUGACAUGGCCUCCGGUGCCAUGGAUGAGCUCGUUCGGCUCGUGCAAGAAAACGAGUCGUUUUGGAUGAACUCGAGCUUCGAUGGAAGGGAGAUUCUUGAUUGCGAGAACUACGAAAGGGCUUUCCCGAGGCCUAAUGGCCACUUGAAGAGCCCUAAUGUGAGAAGUGAGGCCUCGAGGGACUCGGGAGUUGUGAUCAUGAACGGUUUAGCGUUGGUCGAUAUUUUUAUGGAUGCGAAUAAAUGGGUGGAAUUUUUUCCUACAAUUGUGUCAAGAGCAAGGACUGUGGAAGUAAUAUCAAAUGGCACAUUGCAAUUGAUGUAUGCAGAAUUGCAGGUCCUUUCAGCUCUAGUGCCAAUUAGGCAGUUUUAUUUCCUCAGAUUCAGACAGCAAAUCGAACAAGGCUCGUGGGCAAUAGUCGAUGUCUCGUACGAAAUUCCUCAUCAAGACACCCAAUUUUCUUCGCCGUGUAAAGCUCACAGGCUGCCCUCCGGAUGUUUCAUUCAAGACAUGCCUAACGGUUAUUCAAAGGUCACGUGGGUCGAACAUUGGGAAGUAGAAGAUAAAGUGCCGGUCCACCAGCUUUACCGUGAGCUCAUCCACACUGGAUUAGCCUUCGGAGCCGAAAGGUGGCUCUCGAAUCUUCAAAGGAUGUGCGAACGAGUCGCGUGCCUCAUGGUUGCUGGAAGCUCAACUCAUGAACUUGGUGGAGUUAUUCCAUCGCCAGAAGGAAAAAGGAGCAUGAUGAAGCUCGGGCAGCGAAUGGUGAACAACUUCUGCUCGAGUAUUAAUCCUUCCAACGGUCAACAGUGGACCACAUUAUCGAGCAAUCCGAACGAAUUCGAGGUUCGUGUAACUCUUUAUAGAAGCAUUGACCCUGGUCAACCUAAUGGGGUCGUGCUAAGUGCGGCUGCCACUAUUUGGCUCCCGAUUUCGCACGAAAACGUGUUCAAUUUUUUCCGGGACGAGAGGACUCGGCCACAGUGGGAUGUUCUUUCUAAUCAAAACCCUGUUCAAGAAGUUACUCACAUUGCCAAUGGCUCUCAUCCAGGGAAUUGCAUUUCGGUCCUUCGGGCGUUUAACACGAGCCAAAACAACAUGCUAAUCCUGCAAGAAAGCUGCAUAGACUCGUCUGGCUCGAUGAUCGUCUACUGCCCGGUCGAGCUUCCAGCUGUCAACAUGGCGAUGAGUGGGGAAGACUCGUCUUACAUCCCUUUGCUUCCAUCGGGUUUUACUGUCUCGCCAGACGGGCGUGGGGCCAGCCUGGCUGCUGACGUGGCGUCGAGUAGCUCUGACAUGGCGCCGGGGUCGUUGGUCACGGUCGUGUUUCAGAUCCUCGUCAGCAGCCUGCCGUCAGCACGGAUGAGCAACGAGACGGUCAACACGGUCAACAACUUGAUCGGGAACACCGUGCACCAUAUCAAAGCGGCCUUGAACUGCACGUCGUGA